AGUGACGGCCCCGGGUGACGAAGGAUGGUGAGUUCCCGCACGUCCAGCGCGAACGUUACAUCCACCGCUAACGGCGGCGCGAUCGACGGUGUGGCAUCGCGCAAUAACGACGACCGCGCGACGACGAACGGGGUUGUCGUCGGCCAGGAGUGGAACCAAAGCGGACCGCCGUCAUUGUCGAUGUCGGUCGACCUGCACAAUCUUGUCAGCUCAAAUAUAUCGGACUCCGAACGCUACUCCGCGAGCCCGGAUCAUCAAGCCGCGACCACUGGCACUGCCACCAUCAAGAUUGGGUGCCACGACGAGGAGAGCUACGAGGGCUUCGGCUCCGUGGAAGGUGAUUUCGUCGGCGACGACGGUCCAGAGUCGCCGGGCGGCAGUAGCUCGGCACCCUCGCCGACUGGUACCGGUUCUCACAGAAAUCCAAGAAGUCCGGACUCCACUGUCGGAAGGCAUUCCUGGUUGCGUACGUCGUUGCGGAGAACGCCUCCUUGUUCGACCAGAAAGAGACUCAGCACUAAUGCAUUAGCGAGCCAGCUUUAUCGUAGUGGGAGCUUCAACGGUUCGGGAAUGGGUUCCAACUAUGAUACUACAGAUGAUGUGUUCAGCGACGUAUCUUUAGAAGAUGUGAUGGAUCUCAGUCACAAAGUUCAAUUGAUCCAGGAACAAAUGGAUGCCUUCGUAGAUACGAAGUCGGUCGGCGAAGAAAGGUAUGCUCGAGCGAAACAGGAAAAUGCAACGUUACAGGCUCGCAUACUGAUGCUCGAGGAAGCGCAGAAGGAUGCGGAAACGAGAGCCGAGGAGAAGAUUCAAUCCGAGCAACGACGGCACCGAGAAUGGGCGAGUCGUUUGGAACGCGAGCGUCAGUUGCAGCUGGAGAACUAUGACAUUAAGCUGCAGGCGGCCGAGCUGGACAGCUCCAGUUUACGGGACGAAAUUGCACGAGUGCGCGAGCAGCUCGAAAGAGCGAAGGCGGACAAGUCGCGGCUCGAAAACAAUCUCCAGGAGGCCAAGAGAGAAGCGGACGCCGCGCGCGAAAGUGAACGUCAUGCGAUAAGCCGAGCCAACGAAGCUCAUCAUCUGCUCGACGCCAUGAGAGAGGAACUUUCGUUGCGGAACGAGGAUCAGCAGAGGCUCGAGGAAUUGGUACAGCAGGUAGCUGAACUUCAAGCUCGUAAUAAAAGCUUGGAAGAAUCUCGAGACGAAUUGCAGGCUGCUGCAGCGCUGCAAGCAGGUCGCGAACUUUUAAUGCUGAAUCCUUACAACAAUAAUGCCGAGAAAGGACCCAGUCUCGCUGUGGAGUUGUUAGCCGGCAUGAAUCCAGAUCAGAUAGAUAGCCCGGGAAUCGGGGAGCUUGGCGAACCGUGCACGAUGGCUGAAUUAAAACAGGCAUUAAAGGAACAGCAAGAAGUGAACACGCAAUUGAGAACGUACAUUGAUGGGAUAUUAUUAAACAUCGUGGAAAAUUACCCGCAAUUGUUAGAAGUGAAACAAACGCAUUGAAACAUAGACUGUCGUUAAAUUCUGUUCUAAUACUUGCGAGGCAAUUGUACAUUAUGUUUCUUUGUUGAAUCGAAGAUUGGAGUGGCUUAGAAUCUGGCCUGGAGAAUUUAUAAUUCUAUUUUAUAUAUAUCAAUAUUUUAACAUAAAAUUCUGAGCGCAAAAAUUCGCGCGUUGAAUUUGCCUGUGAAAGAAAAGUCAAUUUUAAUCGAAAAGCCCAAAGUGAUACCCGAAAUUCUAAAAGAUGUCUAGAGAAAUUUAUAAAAAGAAAUCUAAAUGUUUUUUAGAAUUUUGCGCUAUUUAGGAUCGAAAAAUAUACUCGUUUUCAAUAAUUUCAAUUUUAGAUAGAUUGUUUAUACAUUUAGAUAAAAGUGAUACUAUUGCAGUUGUGUGUAACGAUGUGGGAGAGAUCUCCAGCCGAUUUCCUUUCCGUAACGAGCUUUGCAUACUUUAUCGUCCGCAAACUUUGUGUCGAUUUAUCACUGCCGUUGUUGCUAGGUUUUAUCGCGCAAAUUUAUUGUUAUUCAAGAUAAUAAGCGAAUCUCGAUUGUACUUCCCGGAUUUUUCGCACGUCGUCGAAAUAUCUGGUACAUUUCAACACACGCGAGAUUGUUAAGGUACUUGCAUACAUUAACGACGGUUACCUAAAUGAAUACAUACACAUGUGACAACGGCGAUGACGUGACUGCGCUAUAUGUCGCGAAAACUGUGAUGCGUUAGAGUACCUUUUAAAGUAAAGUCUAGUAUCAGCAAUAAGCACCUGUAAUUUGACGGGUGAAAAUCUUGUACUCUAGAUCUUUAUACUGAAAGUUAGUAAAAUUAUAAUUAAAUGAUUAUAUUUU